AACUAAUAACGCGAGUGUUUAAGUUUUGAGAUAUUGACUCUGAUAAGUGAAAUAUUGACCUCAUUAUUAUUUUAAGUUUUAACAUGUCUGAUCAGUACAGAAAAUGUGUCAAGUGUGGAGUGACCUUAGCAAAAGAUCAUACUUUAACUUUUCACCGAUUUCCUAAGAUUGGGAAUGGAAACCCUGAAACAGUUUUAAGAUCCCGCAUUUGGGCCGAAAUCUGUUUCCCUGAAGAAAACUGUACUGAUGUAGAUUUUUAAAAAAAAUUACAUACCAGCCACAAAAUGCUAUGCAGUAAACAUUUUACAGAAGAAUCUUUUAUUAACAUAUCUAAAACACGUUUAAACAAGUUUUCCAUACCUAUUGGUUCUGAGCCCAUAUUGGAAAAACUGAGAAACAUACCAGGUUCUUCUAGUCAGGUUUCACCUACACCAGGACCUUCACAUGAGCAUAUACAGAAGAAACAACAAGUGGAAAUGGACCAAAAUGCCUUUGUUACUUCACCAUCAAAUUUGCCUCACAAUAAUGAGCUGCAUGGCAUGAUUAACUUAAUUGUGACAGACAUUAUAAUGAAAAUUAGAGUAUUAUAUUCUUUGGUCGAAAACAAUCUUGCCAAUAUGAAGCCGCGAACGUCAUAUUCAUGA